UACCCAUCUCCUCUCUCUCUCUCUGGUCUCUCACAGUGAACCGCUGGACAGCUCCCGUUACUUGUGAUCCGAAGUCCGCAUGUCCUUUCCCAAGAGGGUUUCUACCGCGUUACGCUUGUAGCCCUGCCACUGAAAAAGAUGGAGAACUAAUGGUUUUAGUUGUUGCUUCAUAACUUGGAAACUACCACCUCCGUACCUGCCUGCUUUUUGUUGCUAUUGUAUUGGGAGAUUUGUUGGGCAACCGGUUCCAUACGCACUGCGCUCAUGAAUUGAUUCGUGCGUUGUGUGGUUUUUAGAAAAGGAUUUUUGAGAUAGUGGGACUAGUGUCGCUCAGCGGUGAAGCGGAGCCAUGGAGGGAUCAUUUGGAUAUAUUUGGGUGAAAAUACUUUCGGUAUUUGUCUGGUUAUGCUAUCUCACCGGCGAUUCAACAUCAUUUGGUGCAGAGACCUCCUCCUCAUCGUCCCAGGUGUUCGUGGACCUCAGCUUUGUUCUGGAACCCCAGGACACGGUGACAUUACGGGGUGGUGUUCUCCAGCUGGACUGCGAGGCUCAGUCAGACCAGGGUAUUCCAGUCAUCAUCUGGAAGAAGGACGGGGUGCUGCUCAGCGCCGUGGUGGACGACAGGAGGCAGCAGCUGCCUAACGGGUCUCUGGUGGUCCAGAACGUGGUUCACUCACGACACCACCGACCCGACGAGGGGUCCUACCAGUGCCUGGCCACACUGGAGGGGGUGGGGGCCAUCGUCAGCAGAACGGCUCAAGUUACUGUCUCUGGUCCCUUGAAACUAGUGGUGCCUACAGAGUCAGUGAGCUCCUACCUGGGUGACACGGCCCUGCUGCGCUGUGAGGUGACUGGGGAUCCCAUGCCCGUGGUACGCUGGCAGAAGAACAGAGAGGACCUGCCCCUCACCUUAACCCCAGAGAGCAGAGUGGUGGUACUGCCCUCUGGCUCGCUCCAGGUCAACAAGGUCCAACCACCAGACUCUGCCACCUACCGCUGCCUGGCAGACAACCCUGGCAGCGCCCGCACCGGCAGCGACGCAGACCUACGCGUGUUGCCAGAACCUGGAACCACCAGGGGCCUUCUGUUCCUCCAGAAGCCCCAGAGAGUCACCUCCCUCCUGGGGAGAGAUGCCGUGUUGGAGUGCGCCGCCUCGGGGUUCCCCACCCCCGCCUUCCACUGGAUGAGAGGAGCUGAGAUGAUACAGAGCAGGUCUAAGAAGUACUCCCUGCUGGGUGGCAGUAACCUCCUGAUCAGCAGCGUAACGGACGAUGACUCAGGCUCCUACAGCUGCCUGGCGUUUAACAAGAACCACAACAUCACGGCUUCCUGUGAGCUGUCCGUCCUCGUACCGCCCCAGUUCCUGAACUACCCCAGCAACACGUAUUCCCAUGAGAGUACGGACCUGGAGCUGGAGUGUGCUGUAACGGGGAACCCUCCUCCCACGGUGCGCUGGAUGAAGAAUGGAGAGGAGGUCAUCCCCAGUGACUACUUCCAGAUCGUUGAUGGCAGUAACCUCCAGAUCCUUGGUCUGGUGAAGUCAGAUGAAGGCUUCUAUCAGUGUGUGGCUGAGAAUAAAGCAGGGAACGCCCAGGCUAUGGCCCAGCUCAUACUGAGAGAUCCAGGUAGGACACAGCCAAGCUAA